UCAUCCUUGUAACAAUAGUAAAUGGUUGUAUACAAGAGAGAUUAGAGAUCGGUCAGUUUAGAGAUGGGGAUGGAUUUUUUCAAUCUCUCUCUCUCUCUCCCAAACUGGGGGCUUUAAUUUAUUUCCCUCUCCAUGUGUCUCGCAUGGAUAUAUAGGUACAAAACAGUCAUUACGAAAGGUGAAGUGUCAUUUGCAGAGAAAUAGUUGAUAUGAAGGGCCUUUCUUCCAUUACUUAACUUUGUAUUUUCUUCCCAUUUUUAUUCCUAAUAAAAUAACGAAGGUGCCACAAAGAAAGUCUCCACAUUCCACUAAAAUUACGUCCCGAGUCUUCAGAGUUGUUCAUUUCUUGAGAAGGUUUUGCGUUUCUAGGUCACAACUCACAGAGACGUGACGCGGCCUCUAAAGCAUUCACCUCCCUGUAACUCUCCUCUCUUUCUCUCUCUAGAUCAACAGGGCUGUAUCUGUUCUUCCUCUAAUCUCUCUCUCUCUAUAGAUUUCUGGGGCAAAUUGAGAGGAUCCGUUGGAUAUCCAUUCAUCAUAUGAUUUCUAUCUAUCAGAACUUUUGAGACGAAAAGAACGGAUCGACCUGAUUGUAAUUCAUCUGUGCUUCUCUUUCUCUCUCUGGAUUGCUGUAAAGGCAGUCUUGAAUGCAUAUCAAUUCAUCAUUUGAUGGCCUUUUCGGAGAAUUGCCCACUAUGAAAUGGCAGUCGCGGUGUAUUGCUGCAAUUAAAUGAGCACAGUUGCAAUGUUUCUCGUCAUAUUCCAAUGCUAAGCAUGCUUCUCGAAGAUUAAAUACUAUGACGGAAGCUUGUCAUGAACAGAAAUCUUAUACCCAUUUUCAGACACAAUCAUAUUAUGAUUUUGGUGAAGGUGGCCUAAAAGGCAAUGAAAGUUCAUGCGCUUGCACCCCAAAAUUUUCAGACCGUUGCAGAAGGAUAGCAACGCCACUUUCCAAGGUGGACUCCAGGCAUGCACGUUGCCCUAGAAUUGCUUAUAGGCCUAUAAGGCCAUCUGAUCUAGAAUCUCUGAAGGAGCUUCAUGGUAAAUUAUUCCCAAUAAGGUAUGAAUCUGAGUUUUUCCUCAAUGUUGUACAUGGUCGAGAUAUUGUAUCCUGGGGUGCAGUUGACAGUAGCAGGCCUUGCAAUCAAAGUGAUGAACUCAUUGGCUUUGUCACUGCACGUGUUGUUGUAGCAUCAGAAAGUGAGUUAGAAGAUUUGCUGGGUUAUGACACUUUGAGGAGAGAGAGAAAAUUUGUUUAUAUUUUGACACUUGGUGUUGUAGAGCCUUACAGAAAUCUCCACAUAGCAUCUUCUCUUGUCCGUGAAGUGAUCAAGUAUGCCUCGAGCAUUUCUUCUUGCCGAGCAGUUUAUUUGCAUGUUAUUGACUAUAAUACCCCUGCCAUCCACUUUUAUCAGAAGAUGUCAUUUAAAUGCUUACGAAAAUUGCACAAUUUCUACUACAUUGAGCGUCGGCAUUAUGAUUCGUUCUUGUAUGUAUACUAUGUGAAUGGUGGAAGAUCUCCAUGCUCUGCACUAUGUUUACAUAUCAUGCAUUUCCAUUAUCGUUUGGGCAGAGACUUGGUGGCAGUGGUUGCAGCAUACAUGAGAAGCCUUUUCACAUCUAUCAUUUCAAGGAUUUGGAAGAGUGAGGAGAAGAUUAAUCCAAGAUGGCCCCAGUGUAAGGAAAGCAAUGGUCUUUUGAUGACCCCAAAUAGAACCACAAAUCUUAACAAUGCUGGGUGUCAAUGUGUAUGAUUUGCUUAUAAGAACUUCCUUGACGCCUACCAGCUUAGAUGCACAAGGUAUGGACUGUGCACCUUAUUUUAUGGUUCUCUGACCAGCUUCUUGUAUCUUCACAUUAGGAAAUGCGAAUUUGUAUUUGUACCAUUGUGCGUGUGUGUGCCGAUAGGGCUUAUGGAGCGCAGAAACUAAUCAAUCAAUGGUCUACGUGUGGUUUUCCUCUC